AUGGACGCGUGGCUGGAGUUUAUUGAGAAGGUGCCGCCGAAGGCCUUCAUUGUCGCUGGGGCAUUUCUCAGGCUGUUUCUUAUUGCAGUGGCGGAGGUCCAAGACUACCUUGCUGAGGUGCCGUACACGGAUGUGGACUACCAGGUCUUCACCGAUGCCGCCGAGUCUAUGGCGAUGGGCAUGAGCCCGUAUGAAGGCCGUACAGCCCUACUAGCCGCGGAAGCUACUCGAUAUCGAUACACGCCGUUGUUGGCCUUCAUCUUGCUUCCCAACACGUGGCUCCACAAGGUCAGAAGUUACCAGGUGCGUGCCCUCAUGAUAGCUGCCCACGGGUUGCAAGCUUUUCUGCAGCACAAAGGCUCCAGCUGCAACCUGGGCUUAGCCUUGUGGCUAUUCAACCCUUUCUGCUUCACAAUCUCCACACGCGGCAGUGGCGAAUCCGUGGUUGUGGUGCUCAUCUACGUGGCUCGGCCUUUCAUGCUGGUAGUCAUCUACUGCUUAGAAGUGCGUCAGAACUGGUUUCUGGCAGCUGUGUGUUAUGGCGUUGCCAUUCACUGGAGAAUAUACCCGGCAGUAUAUGCACUACCGAUCGCCAUCUUCCUGGUGGGCUCCGGACAAAUCCAGAAUCUACUGCGUUUGGUGGCCUUUGGCACUGUGUCAGCUGCAGUUCUCUUUGGGCUGGGGCUGAUGUGCUAUCAGCUGUAUGGAUACGAAUUUCUGGAAUGCUCCUAUCUACAUCAUGGCAGACGUCGAGAUCCACAGCACAACUUCUCUGUCUACUUCUAUCCCGUGGCGCUUUACAUGGAGGGCGCCUUUCAGGGCCAAGUUCCUGAUGUUGCACGCUACGCUGCUCUUCCACAGAUUUUUCUCUGUGCCUGUUUUGGUGCUUCCACGCGGGCAGGCCUUGCAGUCGCCAUGCUCCUGCAGACGUUGGCAUUUGUGGCUACUAACAAGGUACUCACUGCCCAGUACUUCGUGUGGUGGCUCUGCCUCAUUCCUAUGGCCCUGCCUGGACUGCGCAGCCAUGCGCGUCUAUUGCGCAGCUUGCUGGUGUGGAUGCUUGCUGAAGUGCACUGGCUUCUGUGGGCCUACUUGUUGGAGUUCAGGAAGCUACCCGUACGCCCGGUGGUUUGGAUGGCGAGUUUGAUCUUCUUCGCCGCGCAUCUCCACAUCCUACGCGAAGUCUGGCGUAGCUCCCAGGUCAAAGUCCACGCAUCAUGA